UCUAUCAUGAAUCCGUUUUUCAAUAUUUCAAGAUUCAAUGGGUUGUUACAUUCUCUAAACAGAGUUCGAGUUCACCCCAUUUUGAGUCAGAGGUCUCGUUAUUUGUCCCAAAUUAGUCAUGAGAAUAUCGAAACUCACCCAUGGGAAUCCAUGGAGGGACUAAUGAGGUGUUCAGCUAAUUAUUUCCCUUUAACACCCAUUAGUUUCUUGGACAGAGCUGCUAAGGUUUUUAGAGACAGGACAUCAGUUGUGUUUGGUUCUUCUGUUAAAUUCACUUGGGAAGAGACUCAUAAUAGGUGUCUAAAGAUGGCUUCUGCUCUGUCUCAGUUGGGUAUUUCUCGUGGAGAUGUUGUUGCAACACUGGCCCCUAAUGUACCUGCAGUGCAAGAGUUGCAUUUUGCGGUGCCAAUGGCAGGAGCAGUGCUUUGUACGUUGAAUACACGUCAUGAUUCAGCUAUGGUAUCAGUUCUCCUGAGGCAUUCAGAAGCUAAGAUCAUUUUCGUUGAUCAGCAGUUGUUUGAAGUUGCUCAAGGAGCACUGGAUCUUCUUGCAGAUGCUAAAACAAAACCUCUUGUAAUAUUAAUCCCUGAUCCUGAAAACCUCCCGCCUCCUGUUGCUGCUCCCAAUGUUCAUGAAUAUGAAACUCUUCUUGCAAGUGGACGCGAUGAUUUUGCUAUAAAGUGGCCAUUAACUGAAUUUGACCCUAUUAGUGUCAACUAUACUUCUGGGACAACGUCACAUCCUAAAGGAGUCGUUUACAAUCAUAGAGGUGCAUAUCUCAAUGCUAUUGCAACUCCUUAUACUCAUGAGAUGGGAUCUAUGCCUACUUAUCUUUGGACUGUUCCAAUGUUUCACUGUAAUGGAUGGAGCCUUACUUGGGGCGUGGCUGCACUUGGUGGCACGAAUGUUUGCCUAAGACGUGUCUCUCCGAAGGAAAUUUUUGAGAAUAUAUCCCUCCACAAGGUCACACAUAUGAGUGCUGCACCAACGGUCAUGAAUAUGAUUGUAAAUUCACCAAAAAGUGACCGCAAACCACUUCCUCACAAGGUUGAAAUAACGACAGGUGGUUCACCACCGCCUCCUCAUAUCAUUUCCAAGAUGGAGGAGUUAGGCUUUUCGGUAUCUCAUAUAUAUGGGCUCACAGAGAUUCAUGGUCCCUGCAUGUCUUGCCUCCAUCAGCCAGAGUGGGAAUCAUUACCUCCUGAUGAACGAUUUGCUCUGAAAGCAAGACAAGGUGUGGAGCACUUUUUUACACAGGGAAUUGACAUAAGAGAUCCUGACACAAUGGAGAGGGUACUGGAUGAUGGAAAGACCCUUGGUGAAAUUAUGAUUAAAGGGAACACUGUGAUGAGUGGAUACUUAAAAAAUGUUAAAGCAACAGAAGAAGCGUUCAGAGGUGGAUGGUUUCAUACUGGCGAUCUUGCUGUGAGACAUCCAGAUGGCUACAUAGAAGUUAAGGACCGGAUGAAGGACAUUAUAAUCUCUGGAGGUGAAAAUAUUUGCUCGGUUGAGGUGGAAAGAGUUUUGGUCAGUCAUCCCGCAGUCUUUGAAGCAGCUGUAGUAGCAAGACCAGAUGAUCACUGGGGGCAGACACCUUGUGCUUUCGUGAAGUUGAAGGAGGGAUUUAGUCUUGGCUCUGAAGAUAUAGUCAACUUUUGUCGCGAUCAUUUGCCUCAUUAUAUGGCACCCCGGACAGUCAUAUUUGAAGAUCUACCAACAACUUCUACGGGCAAGAUACAAAAGUUUGUCCUAAGGGAAAAAGCAAAAGCCUUAGGCAGUCUUUGUCAAAUCAAAAGAGAGAUUGCAGUCUGAAGAGUACUUGAGACUAAAGCCUUAUUCUUGUAAUAUUUGUUUAGAAAUUUCCAACAUUAAGCCUUGGCUCUUCUGUUUGU